AUGGCGGCAAUUGCUAAUCUGGUGAAUAACAUAGAAGCUAAUACUGCUGCGACUCUACAAGCUGUGCUGAGGUUAGACCAAUCGGCUGGAAACGGAAAUGGGAAUGGCGAAGGAAACAUGAAUGAUAAUGUUGAAGGAAGUGGUGAUAAUAUGGAAAGUACUCCGAUAACCUUGGCAAUUUUUCUCAAGGUUCAUCCUUCAAGUUUCCGAGGUUCAUCCAACCCCACAGAAGCAGAUAACUGGUUCGAGGCCAUGGAGCGUGCGCUGCAAGCACAAUAUGUCCCGAAUAACCAAUACGUGAAGUUUGCUGAUUAUCAGCUUCUGGGAGAGGCUCAGCAUUGGUGGCAAGGAGAGUGCCGCUUGCUACAGCUUCAGAAUGCCGAUGUUCCUUGGGAUGUUUUCCAAACGGCCUUAUACAAGAAGUACUUUCCUGAGUCUACAAGGGAAGCGAAGGCGAUGGAACUUAUGCAGCUGAAGCAAGGUUCCUUAUCUGUGGCGGAUUACACUAGCCGAUUUGAGGAGCUUUGUAGGUUUUCUAGAGUGAGAGCAGUUGAAGAAUAUGCAAAGACAGUAGCUUCAUCAAAGGACACUCAUGGAGGAAACACUAGUCGGGGACGUGGCAAGUACUUUCAGCCGAGGAUUGGUUUAGGUGGUUGCUUCAACUGUGGAUUGCCUAGUCAUAUUGCGAGGGAUUGCACUCGCGGGAAGAACUUGAAUGCGGGUCAGAGUCAACAUCAAGGGCGAGUAUUUGCUGUGAACGCCAAGGAUGCUACUAAGGCGGAUCCGUUGAUGGGAGGUAUAUGUUUAAUUGGCGAUAAAACCUUAGCUGCAUUGUAUGAUACUGGAGCUUUGCAUUCGUUUCUUUCAUUUGACAAAGUUGAGGAACUAGGCUUGAAAGAGUCAGAGUUAGCAUUUGAAUUGCAUAUAAGGGUGAAAGAGGAUGACAUUCUGAAAACUGCGUUUAGGAUGCGCUAUGGACACUAUGAGUUUGCGGUGAUGUCCUUUGGGUAA